GUUUUUACGGCCCCCCUCCGAUCACUACUGAGUCUGCGCAGAACCAGCGCAGCGCUGAGCUUCGGGAAUUCACUCAGGUCCAUGUGCGCAUGCGCGAAGCGCACCGUGUCUGGCGGCUCGGUUCUGCGGCGUAGCGGUUCGUACUGGAUCUCCCCCCUGGUUUCUCUGACCGUUCCGCGGCGCUCGGACCUGGUUCGGACAUGGCGGACAAAGAAGGUCGGUCCCCCGCCCGCCAUCAUUCCGGUCCUCGCGGGCCAGUUUUCGCGCCUUCGCUGUCAGUCUACGAUGACGCGGUGGAGGAGCGGGUCAUCAACGAGGAGUACAAGAUCUGGAAGAAGAACACGCCCUUCCUGUACGACCUGGUGAUGACGCACGCCCUGGAGUGGCCCAGCCUCACGGUGCAGUGGCUGCCGGACGUCAACAGGCCCGAGGGGAAGGACUACGCUGUCCACAGGCUGGUUCUGGGGACGCACACGUCAGACGAGCAGAACCACCUGGUGAUUGCCAGCGUGCAGAUACCGAACGACGAUGCCCAGUUCGACGCGUCGCACUACGACAGCGAGAAAGGAGAAUUCGGAGGGUUCGGUUCUGUGAGCGGGAAAAUUGAGAUUGAAAUCAAGAUCAACCACGACGGAGAGGUGAACCGUGCCCGCUACAUGCCCCAGAAUCCCUGCAUCAUCGCCACCAAGACGCCCACCUCCGACGUGCUGGUGUUCGACUACACCAAGCACCCGGCCAAGCCCGACCCCAGCGGAGAGUGCAGCCCCGACCUGAGGCUGAAGGGCCACCAGAAGGAGGGCUACGGCCUGUCCUGGAACCCCAACCUGAGCGGGAACCUGCUCAGCGCCUCCGAUGACCACACCAUCUGUUUGUGGGACAUCGGCGCCGGACCAAAGGAGGGCAAAAUCGUCGACGCUAAAACCAUCUUCACGGGCCACACCGCCGUGGUGGAGGACGUCUCCUGGCACCUGCUGCACGAGUCCUUGUUCGGCUCGGUCGCAGACGACCAGAAGCUAAUGAUAUGGGACACCCGGUCCAACAACACGUCCAAAGCCAGCCACUCUGUGGACGCUCACACGGCCGAGGUCAACUGUCUGAGCUUCAACCCCUACAGCGAGUUCAUUCUGGCCACAGGCUCCGCCGACAAGACUGUUGCAUUAUGGGACCUGAGGAACCUGAAGCUGAAGCUCCACUCCUUCGAGUCUCACAAAGACGAGAUCUUCCAGGUCCAGUGGUCUCCUCAUAAUGAAACCAUCCUGGCGUCCAGCGGCACCGACCGCCGCCUCAACGUCUGGGACCUCAGUAAAAUUGGGGAGGAGCAGUCUGCAGAGGACGCCGAGGACGGCCCUCCGGAGCUGCUGUUCAUCCACGGCGGACACACGGCGAAGAUCUCCGACUUCUCCUGGAACCCCAACGAGCCCUGGAUCAUCUGCUCCGUGUCCGAGGACAACAUCAUGCAAGUGUGGCAGAUGGCCGAGAACAUCUACAACGACGAGGAGCCGGACAACACCCCCGCAUCCGAGCUGGAGCCUCAGGGUUCGUAACCCCCCCUCCAGAAUGGAUCGUGAGGUCUGUGGGGGGGUCUCAGCAGAGCUCCUGCUGGAUUUCACAAACUGUUGUGCGCUCAGGUGAGGAACACCUGCCGGCCGCCGCCGGCCCGUUCUCCUUCAGGAGCAUCGUCGUCUUCAUCACAAACUGAAAUAAAGUUUUUCUAAAUUUUUAAA